ACUGAUUUUCAGUAUGAAAUUUGUGUAGUUUGUAGUUAUCAUGUUUCCUCACAUUGUCGCUUUUUCUACAACAAAUUGUUGCUUAAUUCUUUAACACAAAUGGAGUUAAAGUCACUGUCAUUUGUUAGACUUUGGGGCAGACAGAUAUGUUUUUAAAUACAUUUUCACAUUUGUCAGACUUAUUUUGUGUGUUGUAUUCCCUGCUUUAAUUGGCAUUGGAUGACACGCAAUUAGUAACAUGCGUUGUUUUCCUGAUUAGUUGGUAUUUGGUGACUCAACAGGUACAAGAUGCAGCAAAUUAAAUUGAUUUGUAAAUUAUCCCACAUGUCCUGAUUCAGUGGUUUAGGUUUGAUCACUAAUUGUUCGUUAAAUUGACUUAAAUGCUCCUUUAACUUUUUUAUUGUGUAGCUUAUCUGAAGUGUUGUGCCAUUAUGUAUCAGAAUUCUUGUGGCAAUGUUGUGUUGGGCCUGUAGGUGGCGACUCUGUGAUGUAUCCGGCAGCUGAACUUCUCCUGUCAGACGAAGAAGAGAAGGAGCCAAUCAGAUGAAGAGUAGAGCAGACUUGCCCAGACUUGUUCACGCAUUACACGUGCUGUUCCAGAGGAAAUGACUUCAAGGCCAGUUUCAUUGAUUGAUGAUGGCAGAGGAAUCAAAAAAGAAUAAAGCUUCCUCAUGGGGGCUUCUCAACAACUACCAAUAUUUGUGCAGAAAAGCCACGAUGCUUAAUGCCAUGGAGAACACAAGAGCAAAGAAGAAAUGUCAUCAGAAGAUAAUAAUUGCCGGCGUGAAGAGGAAACGAACAGACAACCACUACAAACCACUGGAUACAAUUAAACUGGUCAAAAAAACUAAAUUGAGCAAUACACUGCAGGAAAGUCAAAACACUUUGAGCUCUGAGGACAAAAGCACAGAUGCGUCUAAACCUGGAGACUCUGUGUUUGUGCCUAAAGCCUGUGAUCACCACAGUCUAGUCACAGCCUUAAGAGACAGUUGGGAGGUGGACAGCGGCUUCUCCUCUGAGGCCAGUCCUCCAGCCAGUGGUCGGAGUUCACCGUGCCUCAGCUUGUGCUCGACCAUGGUGGUGGCUUUAGAUUGUGAGAUGGUGGGGACUGGGCCUGGCGGGCGCUGCAGUGAGCUGGCCCGCUGCAGCAUCCUGGACUAUCAUGGUAAUGUCCUGUAUGAUAAAUACGUCCAACCGUGUCAGCCUGUCACAGACUACAGGACCCGCUGGAGUGGCAUCCGGAGUUAUCAUCUGCACAAUGCCCAACCCUUCGCUCAGGCCAGGGAGGAGAUCCUCAGUAUACUUGAGGGCAAAGUGGUCGUGGGCCACUCUGUCUACAACGACUUUGAGGCACUGGACAUACUCCAUCCAUGUCACAUGGUCAGAGACACCUGCACAACGCGUCUCCUCAGCCGUUUGGCCGGCUUCCCUCGAGAGCGCUGCCCUUCCCUCAAAAUCUUGGCCAGUAAGCUGCUGAACAGGAGGAUACAGGUCGGGAAGAGAGGUCACUGUUCGGUGGAGGACGCUCAGGCUGCCCUCGACCUCUACAAGCUGGUGGAGGGUGAGUGGGAACAGGAACUGCAGAACAAGCUGAGGGACGACAGCGCUCCACACAAGCCCAGCUUUGCCUCCUCAAACCACUACAUGCAGGAUGAGUACUGGCCCGAUGAUGUCACAGCUGACAGCCAAUGAGAGGAAAGUAUUCAUGAGACAUUUACUGGGAAACGCCUCAAAAAGUCCCUGUUGGAUGGUGAUGUUCUUAGUCAUCAGAGCAGAUUCAGAUAACUACGAAUAAUGUGAAUGAAAGAUAAUAGCAUUUAAGCCUGAGGAACCAAACCUAAACUAAAACUCUUCAUUGUCUCAUGAGAAGAUGUACUGGGGAAAAUGCAUUUACUGCUUGAAUGAAAGCACUUGUUAACUUAUUACUUUUAAACAUGUUAAACAUGAUUGAUGUUCCUAACGGCAUAUUUUUGCUGUGGUUCCAGAUAUUUGCUUGCUGAGUUGAUGGUAAUCAAGUCAGUUGUCACAGAUUUGAUUAUGUUUAUAGCAUGAAAAGUGUUGGGUCUCUAUUAGGUUCUAACUUGUGUGCAGAGUGUGGAGUUUUCUAACAGUCUGUGCUCUUACUUGAAUGUUUAAAUGUAACUGUUAAUGGGACAUAAGACUAAUACUAGGUCACAGAUACAGCUGUUUUGGAAAACAACUGUAUUUUUCAUUUGAAAAACCUCCAUGUAUAUGUGGCCUUAAGUAUUUUAUAAACAAUUGUAACAGUGGUAUUUCAUUACCUCAUAUUGCAAGCUGCUCUUAAAACGUUCUAAUAAAAUGGCAUCAUGUCAAAAUAAAACACA